GGGAAGGGGCGGGGCAGAGGGAGGGGAGCAGCGGAAGUAGAACCGAUUACAGAGAGGGGCGUUGCUUAUGGAGGCGACAUAGAAGGGGCGGGGCAAUUAGAAGGAAGUAAGGAUUUGAAGUUGGCAGUGGGAGGGGCCAGGCUGGAGUAGGCCCGGAGUCUAAUGUCUGUCAGGGGCGGCCGAUAAUAAAAACAUGGAGGGUCCCAGCCGGGCAGCGGCAGGAGAAAGAGGAGGCAGAAGGGGCAGCGCUGCUCAGUCACAGAACAGGAGAGGGAGAAGGAGGCAGAGAAAGCCAAAAAACACUCCAGAGGCCGGAGAUUCAGGGACUUCAUCCGGUGCCCCGCACCCCCAAUAUGGAGCAGAUUGUUUCUCUUCAUUAACGGAGGAUAUUACCUGUUCCAUCUGCCUGGACGACCUAACCGACCCUGUCUACAUUACCUGCGGACACACUUUCUGCAGGAACUGCAUCACUACCCAUUGGGGCACCUCACAGGGAUACCUUUGCCCGGAAUGUCGGGCAGUGUGCCCUAGAAAUCAAAUAGUUCCUGACUACAGACUGGGAAAUCUCAUCUCCAAAAUCAAGCAGGGUAUAAAAAAGAGUGACGCAAUGCAGGAGAAUCUUACAGCUGCCGAACCGGAUCAUCCAAUUCAAUUGGUCUGGACGGAUGUGAAUGGUCGUCUGAGUUUAGAUCUAUCAGGUGCUCACGACUGCUUCCUAAAUACGAGAUACUCAAAUUACCCGGUGUUCAUUCUCUGCAUCAUUGGGGAGAAACGGCGGGGCAAGUCCUUUCUGAUGAACUAUAUCAUGCGGGCGCUGAGAAGCAUGGAGAUGGAUGAGGAGAUCUCCUUGGGGGCAGAUGAUGAGCCCUUGAAAGGUUUCGAGUGGAGUCCUGGAACUGAAACCACCACAAAGGGUAUCUGGAUGUGGAACCGGCCUUUCCUACUGAAUCAUAAAGGGGGGAAGAUUGCAGUCUUUCUACUGGAUACUGAGGGCUCCUUGGAUAUUGAGAGUGACCGAGAAACCUGCAUUAAGCUCUCUGCGUUAUCCUUGUUCAUCAGCUCGCACUUGAUUUUUAAUGUGGCUUCAAAUCUGAAGGAAACAGAGUUGGACUAUAUGGAGAUGUACAUGAAUAUGGGAGAGGAAUGUGGACCAAAGAACCUGCAGCAUCUCGAUAUCCUGGUUCGAGAUUGGUACCACUCAAAGAAGUGGGACAGAGACGUGGCUCGUUCCUAUAUCAGUCGGGAAAUUGAGAAACUAGAAAAACUAAACAGUUACCCCAAAGUUUUAUGGAGCCUGAAAAGCAACCAGACACGCUGUUUUUUGCUGCCCCAUCCGGGCAAGGGGAUAACUGGAGAGAGCGAAGGAAGGCUGCAAGACAUGGAUGAAGACUUUCAGGAAAGCCUGAGGAGCUAUGUCUCUAAAGUAGUUAAGGGGAUCUGCACGCAUAUUAAGACGAAUAUAGAUGGAGAGUUAUUGACCUCUGCUCACGUAUUUUCUAUGUUACAGGAGUUCACGGAAGUUCUUAAUCUGCAAAUUUAUGGCUUUUCUUCCCCAAUGGAGAUGUUUUACGCCAUUAAGAACCAAAAGCUCAUGGGAGACAUUGAAAAUGAGUUUCAGGAUUUUUUGAAAAAUCAGUCUUCCCUAACGCUGCCUCCCACAAUGCGGGUGAAAGUGUCGCAAAAAUUCUCAGAACUCCUCGAGAAAUUCAUGCAGUUUGUACAGGGCAGCAACACCUCGAGUCACGACGCCAUGCUGAAGGAUCUAGAAGUGAGACUGCUGGAGAUACAAGAAAAGUUCUGUAAUGACUUUACUACACGUUUCACAAUGAACGCCGUUGGGGUCGGCAUCACCGCAGGCUUCGGGGUGUGUAGUGUCUUGGGAGCCACAGCAGCCCGAGGAACUGCAAUGCUGGCGGCACAGCCCGUAGUGGCAGUAGGCGAGAGGGCUGUUGCUAUGGAGAUUGCGUCUGGAGCUGUUUCGAUGCUCAAAACUGGCAUGACUGCGAUGCUGGGCAGAUUUUUCCGUUAAGGGCUAAAGCACAAAAUGUUUUUAGUUUAAUGAGACUAAUGAGACUAUGUAUACUCCUGAAGAAGGGAGGCUGUGUCCCCCCGAAACGUUGAAUAUUGGUUGUUGGUGGCAUUAAUAAAAGGGGCACAAUCCCCGACUGCAA